AGAGUUGUGAAGACUGAAGACUAGGCUUUAUUUAUACAAAGUAAAAAAUGAUAUUGCAUAUAUAAAAUCAAGUGUGUAGCAAUUGAUUGCUAUCCAUUACUUCUCUUUCAGAAAAUGAAUACUCUCAGAGCCAUCAUCUUCUCCUUCCUUCUCUUCUCUUCAUUCUCAUGCCUUACAACGAGUAGUACCUUAGAGACUUGCAAAAACGCUGUUUGCCAAACCGGCGAGGCCGUAAUCCGUUUCCCGUUUCGGAUCGACAAACGCCAGCCGGAGACUUGUGGCUUCCCCGGUUUUGAUCUGACCUGUGACAUCACAUCCCAAACACUGCUCAAUCUUCCUUCUUCGGGAGAUUUCACCGUUCAGGGCAUAGACUACGGCGAGCAAGAGAUAUGGAUCAACGAUCCAAACACCUGCCUCCCCAAACGGCUCCUCUCUCUGAACCUCACCGGCUCUCCGUUUCGGGCUGGGUUUAGUGAAGACUUCACGUUCUUUAACUGCUCCUUGGACUACUUGAAGUACAAGCUAAACCCUAUUGCUUGCAUGAGUGGUUCCAACUACACGGUUUUCGCCACCAAUUCUGCGAGGGUGAUUAGGUCCUUGUCGACGACGUGCAGUAAGAUUGGAACGUUUUCUGUUCCGGUCGAGUGGACGUUUCACCAGGAGGUUAUGUCGUCGGAUCUCGACGAUCAUCUCCGGCUAAAGUGGGACCGACCGGGGUGCGGCGCCUGCGAGUUGCGUGGCGGAAAGUGUGGCUUCAAGACCAAUUCUACUAAAGUUGUUUGCUCCAGCCUUAAUCAACGAGGAAUCCCAAGGGGUGCACGCUAUGCUAUUACAGUGGGCGUUGGAGUGCCAGCACUUAUGUGCCUUAUAGGGCUAUUAUGUUGCAUGUGUGGCAGACUCAAGCCUUUAAGAAUGAGACGCACAUCACUCCCAGAAUUUAAUUCAAUUGUGGCUCCUCAGCCUGGAAUCGUAAAGGGACUCGAUGUGGCAACACUUGCGGCUUACCCGAAAAUAGUCCUCGGUGAAAGCCGGCGUCUACCGCAGCCGGAUGAGAGCACUUGUUCGAUAUGCUUGUCCGAGUACCGGCCGAAGGAGACACUAAAGACCAUACCCGAAUGCCAACACUGCUUCCAUGCUAAUUGCAUCGAUGAAUGGCUUAAAUUGAAUGCUACUUGCCCUAUUUGUAGAAAAUCUCCACAAUGACUCAGUCAGUAGCAAUUUUUGUGCUUUUCCUCCCUCAAAUUUGUGCAUACUUGUUCUUAGAAGGAUUUCAAUCAAAUUUCCGUAAGAUUUCUUUUGUUAA